AUGGCUGGAGUGCAGCUGUUGCGGUGGUCCCUGGGCAAUCCCCACUUUGUGCCUGACUCGAGCCCCAUCUCCUGGCCAGCAGGACUGUCCGUCAGUGCUGCUUGUCGUUGGGCAUCUCGACAGGAAAAGCCCAUUCCUGCCGCUUCCUUGUCCAGAGCGCUGGAGCGAGCAGCCUCUCCAUUCCCAUGCCGGUCGGUCAGAGUAGAGCUCUGGAGGUUCCCAGGCAAUUCCAGUGUUCCUUACAUCCAAGAUGAGCACCCGAGUUCACUUUGGCUGGCUUUGCAGUGUAUCUGGGAGGCAACUCUUUUCCCCUUCUUUUUCCUUCUGACGAGCGCUCUCCUUUGUGUUCCUUCCCAGGCUGUUCAAGAGAUGAUCCACCAAGUACUGGAGAAGCUGGAAGCAAGCCCAUUCCAGAUGCCUGAUUAUGCCUGCAAAACUUCAGGUGCUGCUAUCGUUCAUUCCAAGACUUCUCCCUCCUGGACUGGAAGUGAGAAAGUCUUUUGGCAGUCGUUGCCAGUGGUAGCUUAUGCGAGGUCUCCCGAGGUUAUUCUUGAGCCUGACAAUCAUCCGGGAAACUGCUGGCCCUUCCCAGGAAGUCAAGGACAGGUCUCCAUCAAGUUGCCUGUGCCCAUCUUUCCCACAGCAGUUAUGAUAAACCAUGGAAUUCCAGCAGCAAUGUACCAUGCAGACAGCAUCUCCAGUGCUCCAAAGGACUUUGCUGUCUAUGGCCUGAAGGAAGAAGAUGAUGAGUUCCUGGGAGAGUUAACUUUCAUGGCAGGCCAGAAUCCCAGCCAGACCUUUCAGCUGAAGAAUGAGCACUCUGGGUUCAUCAGUUACAUAAGGCUGCAAGUGCUGAGCAACUGGGGCCACCCAGAGUACACCUGCGUGUAUCAAUUCAGGCUCCACGGCGAUCCAGCCCAUGACGGUGACACUGGGGGAAAGCCAUCUAGUUUACCUGGGAAUAAGUUACUUGAACUUCUCUCAUGCUGGCAAAAUGGAACAAGAUGUCUGACUGGCAGAGCUCAGAGGGCUCUGAUCAACAGUGCAGAGUCUGGUUGGAAGCCUGUAGUUAGUGAUGUUCCUGAAGGAUUUGUACUGGGUCCGAUCUUGCUCAGUAUCUUCAUUGAUGACCUGGAUGAAGAGAUAGAGUGUGCCCUUCGAAAGUUUGCUGAUGGCACAAAUCUGGGAGGAGUGUCUGACACAUCAGGUGGCUGUGCUGCCAUUCAGUGA